AGUCAUGUCAGCUCGUUGGCUCUAUCGCGUGUUAUCAGGCAUCAUGUUUUUCUAUUUUGUUUUACGAACCCGUCGUUUUUUUAUUAUAUGUAUAAUUAACUUUUUCUGUACUCACCAUGAUGCCAGGCAUGGCCCAUCUAACCACGUGAGGGGCCCCACAGGCGGGCUAUCGUGCCGACAGCGCUACACCAGCCCAUUUUGCCAGGUUCACAUCGAGCUUUCCCCUUUUCUCGUUUCCCUUUCCAAAUCCCUAGCCAUCUCUCUCCAUUUGCGCCUCCAAAUCUCGACGGCGAAAGCAUGACAGCGAGCUGGGCGUCGGGCGGCGGUGGCUGCGGCGAGAAGAGCGGUGGCGACCGCAAUUUAGGUCGAACCCUGGGUCCUGCAAGCAGGUGGGGCGGAUUCAGUGGCACAGGAGGCAGCGGCGGCGGAUCGAGUGGAACAGGGGAUGGGGGUUUCGUGGGCGGCGCCGGGCCGGGAGAACCCACGGCUAGGGUUUCUUCAGUGCUACACUUUGGUGGCAAAAAGGAAACUCCCGGUGGCCGUGUCUGCAUAGAUGCAGACAAUUUUGGCAGCGUACUCGGGGGAUGUGUGUCUGAGGAUUUAUUUAGGAUGAUAUCACUUCUGAGUAUGUUCAAUGGGUUGAUGGGACGUGGGAUAGCAAAGCAAAGUGAGUCAUUAAGUAUCUUGCCAUGAAGAACAAGAAACUGGAGACUAAGAUUACAGAAUAUGAAGCUGAAAUUAAAAGGAAUGAGAAAGAAAAGAGGGCAAUGGCUAAGAUGCCCAAGGAAAUAUUGCUCUAUAGGGAUAGGAUUUUAGGAUUUGGAGGUCUUCUGUAUCUUGGCCUGCUUGCCAUUAUGAUUGCUGUCAUAGUUAGCAAGUAGAUUGUUCAUAAAGUUAUUGACAUCAUUGUAAUUGACAUGAUGAAAUGCUGCGAAAUUAUUUGCUAUUCAGUUUAUGGGCAAAGUGUAACAGAGAUUGCAGCAUAAAUAACAUGGGGCCAUCAUGAUUGGUAGACAAUGCACUUUUGGCAUGUUCUAUAUUUGGCAGACAAUGCACUUUUGGCAUGUUCUAUAUUUGGCAGACAAUGCACUUUUGGCAUGUUCUAUAUUUGGCAGACAAUGCACUUUUGGCAUGUUCUAUAUUUGGUAUGUGAUGCACAUGGGCACAUCACCUAGCAACACUACUGAUUUAUGCAGCAGCCCAGUUCAUUGUCUUGUUGCAACAUAGGAGCAACAUCUAGCAGCUUCCUCCUCCUUUGAUGCAACACUGAAGCAAAGCAACAAUACAUAUUCAAUAUUCAGAAAUUUAACUGAACUUGACACUUAGGGCGAGCAGUAGAUAUUUAGUUCUUCAGCCACAAAGAACCCGAUCAAACCGUAUCGA